ACCAACUAACCCAUCUGGCCAUCUCUCUCUUUCGCCUGUCUCUCUUUAGCAUCAAUCACCCUUUUCCCAGUCCCAGGCGGCAAUUCCCUCUCCGCAAAUGGAGCUGAAGGGCACGGGGAAUCCUUCUGCUCUCUCCUUAUUUCUUGUCAUUUGAUCUUCAAUCCGUUAUAAUCAAAGCUUGCUCUUUUGAUUUGCUUUUUUUUUUUUUGGAGAAAUUCUUCAUAGAAACUAUAUAUUAGUUAUAUAUAGAGGGGAAGGGAGGAAGGGAUUUGCAGGCAAGUGAAGGAAGAGGUCUGAGGGUGGGAAGGAGUGACUCUGCGUCUCUGCCGCUACUGCUAAGGCUAGAACGAAGAGAACUUCGCCGACCCGAUUCAAAGGAGUACUUAUGCUUGGGCUUUCAAUAUAUUUAUCCGAGCAUAAGGAUUGAAGUGCAGUUGAAGCCUCAGCAUAUUCAAGUAAUGUGGACAAAUGUGUUCAAAAUAGGAGGUCUUCAUCAUGUAUCAUGGUUCCAGUUUCUCCCUCAUGAAUCUGAUCAGAACCCUCCACCUGAUAAAAGUGUGAAAGUGGAGCAGAAUGAUGCUGCUACCAUUGUUGUGCUUUCAUCCCAUUUGGAGUUGCAGAGGGGGGGAUUUCUUAGCACAUGGACCAAUUCCUUUGUUGGACCUUGGGACCCAUCACAGGGUUUACACAAUCCUGAUGAGAAAAUAAAGCUCUGGCUUUUUCUUCCUGGGCACCAUUCAGCUGUUGUUGAGCAUGCAGAAGCUGCAGUAUCUAGAUUAAGAGUUGUUGCAUCUGGAUUGUGGCUGGCUCCUGGUGACUCAGAAGAGGUUGCAGCUGCUUUAUCUCAGGCUUUGAGGAAUCGCAUAGAAAGAGCAAUGAUGGGACUUUCCUACAUGAGAUUUGGAGAUGUGUUCUCAAGAUAUCAUCCACAUUCACAGACUGAAGAACUUUUCAGGAGGGGGCAGCUUACAGUUGAGUUUGUCUUUGCUGCCACAGAAGAGGCAAUCUUUGUGCAUGUUGUAAUAUCUGCAAAGCAUAUUCGUGCACUCUCAAGCAGUGACAUUGAAAGACUAUUAAAUUCUUCUAAGAGUUCUGGUGCAAAGCUUCCAGUUAUCGUUUCUCCUCAUGGAAUGCGUGGCAGGCUUACUGGAUGCUGUCCAAGUGAUAUUGUGAAACAAGUGUAUUUCAGUUCUGGAAAGUGUAGGACUUCGUGUGGUGUCAUUGGUCUACCAUACAAUGUUUCUCAAGGUUUUGGUUGCCAGCUGAGGGGGCAAAAUUGUUAUGUUGAAGUUACACUUGGCUGUCCCAGCGGUGGAAGUGAGAAAACACAAAACUCAAAUUCUGUUAGGAAUUUUUCAAAUCAUCAAAUUGCUGAUACUCAAGCAGUGGGAAGAGGUGUUCAGAGGGGAUCUCCAGAUCAUUCUUUGAUUUGUGAAAGAACAUUUAUUUAUCCAACUGAGGCAGUGGUUGUCCCGGUCUUGCAAAUGCCGUCUGCUAGAUCUUCUCUAAAAAGGUUCUGGCUGCAAAAUUGGAUAGGCCCAUCAUUGUCUGGAUCAUCUUUUUUUAUGUACUGUUCCGAUUUUUAUGCCUUGGAUGGAUCAUGUAUUGAAACCAAUGGAAAACAUGCACCACAUGGUUAUAAUAGUAGCAGCAACAGUAAUAGCAGCAGCAUCAGCAGCAUAACUAGCAGUUCCAGUGAUAGUGAUUGCAAGAUGACCAGUGGCACUGGUGACCUUGAGGCAGAUGCUGAUUCAUUAACAUGCAGACAAUCUGGUCUAUCUUCUAAUGAUCAGUUGGAGAAUGACUGCCUCAAAUUGGGUGCCAAGCGCCCUCGAACAGGGAUGUCGGAAACAUUUGGUCAAGUGGGUACAGUCAUAAAUGCUCCCGCGCAAGAUAUGUACAAAUCUGAGUUUGGCUCUGUUGAAGUUAACAAUUCAGCCAUUACUGGAGUUGCAAACGAGCCAAUUGGAUCUCAUUGGGACUGGGAUGACGACGACAGGGGGGUAGGCAUGGAUAUCCAGGCACUUCUCUCUGAGUUUGGAGAUUUUGGUGACUUCUUUGAGAAUGAUGCUUUGCCAUUUGGAGAGCCUCCAGGAACUGCAGAGUCACAGGCUCUUAUGUAUUCUGCUCCAGAUUGUGGAGAUGUUGGUAGCAGCCCCUGUGCUGCUGUUAUGGAUAUUUCAGAUCAGAUGUUUUUGCCUAUGACUUUCCCAUCCUUUGAGAGUCCUCUUCCGGUGGCUGCAGAGGAGAGUGUUAGCAAAAAUCAAGAAUGCACAAAUAACAUUAUAUCGGCAGGCCCAGCAUACUGUACUCCAGCGUCCUCCACAGGUGAGUUUGACCAUUUAAUCAAAGCUGAAGCACUGAUGACAUUUGCUCCUGAAUAUGGAGCUGUUGAAACCCCUACAAGUGAGUUAUCCUCAUCAAUUUUCAGAAGCCCGUAUCUGCCAAAAUCUCGAAAAGUUGAGAGUCCAGGUUCUAGCUCAAACAAUUACACAUAUGGUGCAACACCACCUUCUUCUCCUUGCUUUGAUGGAUCAGAUGGGAAGCCUGACAUGCCUGUAAAUUCAAAAGCAUGUUCUGGAAGCCAUGAUUCAAGUGGUAAUCCUCAGAUGAAGAAAUAUUAUACAUUAGUGGACUCUGGGAAGGAGCAGAAUAAAAAGUUCAAUGCAUGCAAGAAUGGUGUUGCUUCAGGCAAGGUGGUGACCCAAUCUCCAUUCUCUGGUUUCAAUUCUGUUAAUGCUGUCAAAUCUACUUACAGGAAAACAACUGAAGGCACAUAUGGUGCAGAGCAUUUCCUUUUAUCUAUGAAGACUCUGCUUGCAACUGAAGUUGAAUGCAUAUUGUUCCAAGCUUCUAUGUGUAGGAUACGGCACACACUGUUGUCUUCCAAUAGCCCUAUGCCCAUGGGUUUUAAUAGGAUGGCUGGAAACACUGUUUUCAAUCAGCUAUCUGGAGACCCAAGCACCAUGGCAGACAGCAUAUCAAACAAGUAUGAGGUAAAGAAAAGAGAAUCAAUACCCAUUAGAAUAGCUGGUGAUAUUGAUGGUGGAAUGCAAGAUGGGCCCCUUCAUGCCCCUGUUGGUGUUUGGCGCUCUGUUGGAGGGCCUAAAAGUGUGAAACCUGCUAAUUCACCUAGUGUUGAAAUUUGCCCCUCUUUGACACAUACUUCAUUUAAUGAGGAAAGUAUGCUUUCAUAUGGGCAAAGGCAACCGCUUCAAGAACUUCUGGAUGGGCUGGCAUUACUUGUCCAACAGGCUACUUCCUUUGUUGAUGUGUCACUGGAUGCUGAUUAUGGUGAUGGGUUUUAUGGUUGGCUUGCAUUACAAGAGCAGUGGAGGCGUGGACUUUGUUGUGGGCCUUCCAUGGUCCAUGCUGGUUGUGGGGGAACUUUAGCUUCUAGUCAUUCUUUGGACAUUGCUGGCAUGGAGUUAGCAGAUCCACUAUCAGCUGAUGUUCAUGCAUCAUGUGUGAUUAGCUUGCUGCAGUCUGACAUUAAAACAGCAUUAAAAUCUGCUUUCAGCAAUUUGGAUGGUCCAUUGUCUGUUAAUGAUUGGUGCAAAGGCCGCAGUCAAUCUGGUGAUGUAGCGACCACAUGUGAAGGAUUUUCUGCUGAUUCCACUGUUAGCGAGUGUCGGGAUUCUUCAAGUACUGUGACCUUAUCUGUUGGUGAUCCAAUCAGCCCAUCUCAGUCUUCUAGUGGUGGGUCAUCUUGCCUUAAAGUGUCCAGUACUGCAGAUGGAGUUAGAGCUGACGACUCAUGCCAAAGGAGAUUUAAUCAAGACAGUUGUAAUCCAGAGUUGGAGCAGCAAGUGGGCUCCCGUCUCCGACCAACACUGCUUGUUCUUCCAUUACCAGCUAUUCUUGUUGGGUACCAGGAUGAUUGGCUUAAGGUGUCAGCAAGCUCUCUGCAACUAUGGGAAAAGGCUCCUCUAGAACCCUAUGCUCUUCAAAAACCUAUGACUUAUCAUGUUAUAUGUCCAGACAUUGAUCCUCUUACCUCUGCUGCUGCUGAUUUUUUUCAACAACUAGGAACUGUUUAUGAGACGUGCAAACUGGGAAGUCAUUCCCCCCAAAGUUUGGGAAAUCAAAUGGAGAUUGACUCUGCAAAAUCUUCAUCCCCUGGUUUUGUUUUACUUGAUUGUCCUCAAUCAAUGAAGAUAGAAAGCAGUAAUGCAUCUCUUGUGGGAUCAAUAAGUGAUUAUUUCCUAUCUCUGUCCAAUGGAUGGGAUUUAACCAGUUUCCUUAGGUCUCUUUCAAGGGUUUUGAAAGCUCUGAAACUUGGUUCAUGCUUGACAACAAAUCCAAAAGAAGGAAAUAGUGGUCCUUGUACGGUAAUCUAUGUGGUGUGCCCCUUCCCUGAGCCUACUGCAGUUCUUCAGACUCUUGUGGAAUCUUCCAUUGCUGUUGGAUCAACCAUUAUUUCGUCAGACAAAGAGAGGAGAUCCAUAUUGCAAAGUCAAGUUGGGAAGGCAUUAAGCUGUUCAGCAUCCGUGGAUGAAGCAUCAAUAUCAAACGUCCUUACUCUCUCAGGGUUUAGUAUUCCUAAAUUGGUACUACAAAUUGUCACUGUUGAUGCCAUUUUUAGGGUUACUACGCCAGCUCUUAAUGAGCUUGUUGUUCUUAAGGAGAUUGCUUUCACAGUUUACAAUAAGGCUCGGCGGAUUUCGCGAGCAUCCUAUAAUGAUGCAUUCCAUUCAUCGUCUUUACCAGGCAGAUCUCAUUCAGUUAUGAUGCAAAUGACUUCAACAGGCCUUGGAGUGUGGAAGGAUUGUGGUCCUCGAAUUACAGGAACUUCCCUUCCGAGAGAGGGUGAACUUGAUCCGAGCUCAAGGCCUGGGUCUUGGGAUAGUACUUGGCAAAGCCCAAGGACUGGAGGAUUAAGCUGUGAUCCAAACAGAAUUGGGGAGUUUCUUUUCCAAGAGGAAACCCAGUACAUGUUUGAACCACUUUUUAUUCUUUCUGAACCUGGUUCUGUGGAACAAGGAGUCUCACCUACAGUGUUUGGUAAUUCAGCAUCAGAAUCUUCUAGAUUAAUUUCUGAUGACAAUAGUGGCUUUAUGCAAAGUUCUAGUUCAGCAGGCAGUGCUGAUACUGGACCAACCUCCCAACUUGAUGGAUCAGAAUCUGAUGGCUUUGUAUAUGGCCAUCAAAAGAAUCUCCCAAGCAUACAUUGUUGCUAUGGAUGGACAGAGGAUUGGCGUUGGCUAGUUUGCAUCUGGACAGAUUCGAGGGGAGAAUUGCUUGAUAGCCAUAUAUUCCCCUUCGGUGGAAUCAGCAGUAGGCAGGAUACAAAGGGUCUACAAUGCCUCUUUGUGCAAGUCCUACAGCAGGGCUGUCAGAUACUUCAAGCAUGCUGUUCUUCUGAUUCUGGCAUAGCCAAGCCUAGGGAUUUCGUGAUUACGCGCAUUGGAUGUUUUUAUGAGCUUGAAUGCCAAGAGUGGCAGAAAGCCAUUUAUACUGUUGGGGGUUCUGAUGUGAAAAAAUGGCCACUGCAACUGCGCCGAUCAGUACCUGAUGGGAUGUCUGUAAGCAGUAAUGGGACUUCAUUGCAGCAACAGGAGAUGGGUUUGAUUCAAGAGAGAACCUUACCUUCCUCGCCUAGCCUUUUGUACAGCUCUCACUCAAAAACUACUGGCUUUAUGAAAGGUGCUUUAGGACAACCUGUAGCCAGAAAGCAGCUUAUGAGUGGACAUUCGGUUGACAGUUCAAGAGGUUUGCUUCAGUGGGUGCAGAGCAUAAGUUUAGUCACCAUUUCAAUUGAUCAUUCAUUGCAGCUUGUUUUUCAAGCAGAUUUAUCACCUGGAGGAACUCAAGGUGGCAGCAUGAUCAGUCCACAGAGCUAUCUUGAAGGUUUCUCCCCAGUUAAGUCCCUUGGUUCUACAUCUGCCUCGUACGUUCUCAUUCCAUCCCCCAGCAUGCGCUUCCUUCCUCAGGCACCUCUCCAGCUCCCAACGUGCCUCACUGCUGAAUCCCCGCCACUGGCCCAUCUCCUACACAGCAAAGGCUCUGCAAUUCCCUUCUCCACAGGCUUCGUUGUUUCAAAAGCCGUACCCUCCAUGAGAAAAGAUUCUAAGAGCAACUUAAAAGAAGAAUGGCCUUCCGUUCUUUCAGUCAGUCUCAUUGAUUACUAUGGAGGCAAUAACGCAACCCAAGAAAAAAUGGUUAGAGGAAUAGCCAAGCAGGUUCCAAGGAGUUUGAGCUCUGAGGGUCGAGAUCUCGAGAUUGAGACACAUUUGAUUCUCGAGACACUUGCUGCAGAGCUUCAUGCUUUGUCAUGGAUGACGGUUAGCCCGGCAUACUUGGACAGGAGAACUCCCCUCCCUUUUCACUGUGACAUGGUUUUGAGAUUGAGAAGGCUUCUUCAUUUUGCUGAUAAAGAGCUCUCUCAGCAGGUGGAAAAGCCACAAGCUUAGGCUAGAAAUAUGGCAGGCAAAAAGAAAAUCCACCCACCAAACCUGCACCUUUGGUCUAUUGUGCUUUGUCUGCUUUCAUAUUUCCAUGUAAAUUAAUUGUUGCAUUUAAAAUUAUGUAUGUAACAUUAGCCAGCCCAUUUGUGGCAGCCUUUUUGGAUUUCCCAGAAGGUAAAAUAGCAGUCUGGGAAGAAGAAAUCUGUAAAUCUUUUAACAGAUGUAGCAACAGAACAGAACAUCAGUUUCUUUAAUUUUAUUUGUGUAUAGAUCUGUUUAUUAAUUUGUUUGAGAACAGUGUUGGAACCCUUCUCUUCUUAAUUGUGAAAGUUCAUUAUUUUCUA